GCUGCACUCCAGGCACUGACCAAGGCUUGUUAACUGUGAAACGUUGGUUGUCUGCAGUGUAUGUUAUUGCCUAUUUCAAUAAAAGCCUUCAACUUCUGCAUUUGAGUGACGUUGGUCUUGGAUCAUUUGCCAUGUGGAUGUUUACAACUGAAUUGAUAAUGCCGUCUUCCACCCACGCUUUGGAAAGUAUCCUUUUUGCAUUGUACUCUGGCGCAAAUCCACAAUGACAGGAUACUAACCAGUAUUUUACGAAGACAAAAAAUAACCAUAUUAACAACUAAUUAUAGUUUUUCCUAAGCUUAAGUAUAUUUUAUAUGAAUAACUGCCGACCAGAAUCAUCCCAGAAGGCAGUCAUUGGAAAUAAUGUUGAACGAAACAUGUUGGGGGCAUGAAGGUCGUUAUUGUUAAUGGGAAAUUACUGUAAUUCUCGAUGAGAGUUUUAUGUAUUAGCAAUAUUUCUUAUCUUAACAAGUCCAUAAAUAUACAGCCUUGGCACACGUUUAGUAGACUAACAGUUCCGUGUUUAAUCCCAAAAUAAAAUUACGUGCGGAUUUGUAAUAUUGUAACGCCUUGAGUUGAUUCGUGACUAAUACAACAGAAAACGAGAACAGAAAAGUGUAGUUUGACAUCGCAUUAACCGUGAAAUCAGAUCUCACUAUUAUUUACAGUGGGGUAAAGUUCAAACGUGGGAAAUUACCCACGUUUAAUUCGUUUUCAAAUGACACAAACGUUUCUUGGAAGUCACGAGACAAUUUACACCAAAAACUGUAAAAAAUACCCCUCCCAUUUUCUUGGCGUCACGUGAUUUUUUUGCUUUCCCUGCAGCAAAGGGUUGCAACAGAUUUAACCUGCUUUCUGUACAGCAUAUGGAAAUGGAAAUUCCCCCUGCAGGAUGAGGUAAUGGCCUCUGGAGGACACACAUAAUGUCUGUGUUCUCGAGCAGGAUUCGUAAUCGUUGAAACUAUGGGGGGUUGCUGGCCCAGUUAAAGCGCUUAUGUAGACGGGUAACAGGUAACACAUUUUCACUGUCAAAUUUAGUCACCGUUCCUAUUGAAAAUCAAGCCAGUUGAAAUGUCUUUGUGACUGAAGCUUCUGCCAUCUGUGCCCCAAUAAUGUGCCCCAAUAAUGAAAACCUCAUUUUUGAUUUUUCCCUCUUGCCAUCUUGAUCCAAAAUCGAGGUCAAGUGGGCCUGCUCAACAUUUUUACACAUGCCACAGAGCAUAUGCUGUUAAUUGCUUAAUUGUAUCAUGCAGUACACCUAUAUGUAAGCAUCUGCAUUCUUUAUGUUUCUCUACUCAUUUAUUCAGGUUUAUCCUUCAGUGGCUUAAUUUGUGUUAACCUAAACCUUAUUUUUCCUGAAUUUAACAUUUGAUUAAAAAAGCAGUUCUUAAUGUUCAUGCAUUGACACAUUUGUAUUACUUACCAAAGGAGCAUGCUGUUUGGACUCAAUGUAAGGUUUAAACCUAAUGGGUUGAUUGCAUAGGACCUGAAAGCUUUCAUCCGAUUGUCUUUAUUGACUGCAUUGAUUCACCACCAGGUGCCAGUAUUUUACCAAUCAGUUGGGCUGGCAGUAGCAAGGCAUGGGGAGAGGUUUCUGAAAUAGGCUACACAACUUCUGAUAUCAACCAAAAAUCUUAUGAUGUCAGUUAGCCGUAUUGUAAUUUCAUGAAAUUAUAACAAAUUAUGUACACACCAAAGCAUUAAAAAGGUAAUGUCAUGCAGUGUCCUGUAAAAAAUGUCAUUUUUCUGUCAUUUUUUUUGCAUGUGUUCUCAUAAAUAAAUUGUUUUCACAUGUCUCUUAUGCAGUUGCUGUUAGCAAUUUGAUGGUGACUUGUGGGAAGUCAUUCUAAGUGGAAGGGACAUAAAAAAAGUUUGUUUACACUGUCUGUUUACACUGUUAAUUUUACACACCUCAAGAGGCUUUGUAAAUGACAUAAACGUAUUAACAAUAGAUUCUUUGCAAUAUCAACAGAUACGGCAGAAAAAUGACAGAGGACCAAGAAUGUUUUUGUCGUCCUUAUCUUUCGAGAGUAAUUUUUCAUCCUGUGACAUUACCUUCAUUGAACUUUUCCUGUGCAGCAUAAUGGGCUGAUCAUUCUCAGCCUUUUGGUCAUGUGGCAGUAGUGCUACCAUUAAAAUUGAAUGCGUUUUUGCUAGAGAACAAAGGACACGUGGACCUGCUCAGGUCUUAAUUACCCAGCCUUCUUACACUGCGUAGCUAGUAAUUAGUAAAUAUGCAAAACUUAAUUUUGUGUUUUCUUCCCAAACAACCAAGCUGCAGCAAAAGGUUUCAUAGUUUAACAUUAAACAGCAGAAAGACAACAAAACUAAAAAAUAUGUCAACCAAAUUUCAACAGGGUGAUAUCAAUAUGAUAACAUGAAUUGCUAAAUAGACCAGGUGGAGAAACUGCAAUGUAAAUACUGAUUCAAAGAGCAAACGAUUACUCAGACUAGACCUUUAGAAACCACAGACAUCAUGUUAUGGGUGAAAAGGUUGUCUAGACAAUAAUGUAGGUACGUCAAAUAUGUCAGAUUUUUAAAUAAGAAUUUAAUUCAUUCUGCCGGGUCUUCAGGAAAACUGCAGAGGUGGAAAUAUCCAGACUCUAAUUCCACACCGUUUAAUAUCCACAAUUCUGCAAACAAACAAAAAAAGCAGUAGCACCGAACAGCCUCCCAGCAUUAUCUCUGAAUUCAGCUCCAUGGCAGGCCAUCAAAAAGCAACUUAUUCCCACUCUACCUUUUCAAAAACAUAUUAAUCUACCGCUGUCCAAUAAGAGACCUGCCGUUUGCCGUGCAGCCAAUCAGAUACGCGGAGAGUGCUCAGCCUUCAGGCCAAUCCUGGCCAGCAUUCUAAUGUGGCCCAUCUUUAUCAAGAAGGUGUCAGUCCUCUUUAAGGUACAUCUUAUUUAUUACCUUGGAGGAAAGUGCUGGGGAAGGGCAUUUGUCUUAAGGAGCAACUGUAACACUCCUUCUCUGGUGGGCGCACGGCUGAUGUUUACCUUGGAAUUAUCGUACAAUGGCACAAAACAGGUGAGAGGGAGCUGGUUUUAUGUUUGGCGCUGACUGCUGAUCUCUCACGAACCACGAAGCCACCGAAGCUCUCACCGCAGAACUGGCACGGUCUCCUCUGAGAGAGGGAGGCACCACACCGCCUGACCACAUCCAUCCCCCAAAUUUCAGGGGGGCGGAGGACUAAACCGGAAGAAAGGCAAACGCAAAAGAGGGCAUUUCAGAUUCAGAACUCACCGGCUGGACCAGAGGGAGGCAGUCCUGUUGGACGGAAACCCCGGGGGGCUUUUCAUGUCGGGUCCAGAGUGAAGGAGCGUGUGGAGACAGCUGGCGUCCUGAGGCUUUCCCCAUGGAUCCAAACAUCUCGGGGUCUUUCCUGUUCAACAACGGCCUGAACCAGUUCCCCUCGGACGUCAAGGCGCCCAUGUGCCAGUACUCGGUGCAGAACUCGUUCUACAAGCUCAACCCGGGCCUCAACAGCCAGCUGCAGGCCGGGACGCCGCACGGCAUCAGCGACAUCCUCAGCCGCUCCAUGGUGGGCGCCCCCAGCACCGCCCUCCUCUCCGGGUACUCCACCAUGGGGGGGUUUGGCACCGUGGCCACGCCGGGGGUCUACUACAACCGGGACUACAACGCCUCGCUGGGCGGCUUCUCCAAGCCUGGUUCGGAGUGCCUGACGAAGGGCCGCGGCGGGGGCUGCUGGGGGGAGGCCGGGUACGAGUGGAGAGGCGGCAGACAGCCGUGCAGCAACAGCACCGGACACCUGAGUGAGGCGGUGGGGAGGAAAAAGCACACCAGACCCACCUUCAGCGGACACCAGAUCUUUGCGCUGGAGAAAACAUUCGAGCAGACCAAAUACCUGGCGGGGCCGGAGAGAGCCAGGCUGGCAUACUCGCUGGGCAUGACCGAGUCUCAGGUCAAGGUGUGGUUCCAGAACCGACGCACAAAGUGGCGCAAGAAGAGCGCCUCCGAGCCCAGCUCCACCCAGGCCUCCAGAGGGGAGCAGGGGGGCGACACCUCGGAGAACGAGGUGGAGGACGAGGAGUACAACAAGCCCCUGGACCCCGACUCGGACGACGAGAAGAUCCGCCUGCUUCUACGCAAGCAUCGGCGGGCUUUCUCUGUGCUCCGACUCGGACCCCAUCACGUCUGACAAGUACACACACGCAGGCACACACACGCACACACACACAGACACAGUCUACAGACCCUGGCCUGUCAAUUAAAUCAAGCUGUAUACUGAAACACAAAUGAACUACAGGUGUGUGCACAAAUAAAUCAAUAUACUAGCAUUAAGUAACAAAAUCAUUGAAUCAUGGGUGCAAAGAUGGCUAGCUACAGUCCCAUUGACACUAGCUAACUGAACAACUGACAUCACGUGUUGAUAUUUAUUUUUUAGAGUCAGCAUCGUUUCCUCAUUCAGGGCAUAAAUACACUGAAGUAUCUAGGUCAUCCGAGCCCAUUAUGCUAUUCUGAGUAUGUUAGAGAUCUGUCUACAGUCAUCACUGACAGAGGCAGAAUGAGCAAAGGCUUUAGUUUAAUUCACUUGCCCUCGUGUCAACCGAAAACAAGUAAACCGGGAAUCAUAAAUAGACUUCUGGAGUGGCCCACUGUAAAAGAACAUCUUUCAGCAGAUUAAACGACACACACAACGAAGAAUGUCAGCCACGGGCUUGUGUAAAUUUUCUGCAAUUUAUUCAUUGUAAAUCUGUGAUUGUGAUCAUGCAAAACGCUAGCAAGUGACAACCCAAUAUUUACAGGUACACUACCUGACUGACUUCCAUGACUGUAAAUACAAUUUACAAUUAAAGUGCAGUAAUUUAUUGUAAAGUGAGACUGGGUGCCUGAAACUGCGGUUUCUCAAUGGGAAUCUCUUUGGCUGGCUGUUGUGGCAUUGUGGUCCAUGUUUUUUAAAAAACGCAUGCAUUUCUAAGCAGAUCGAUCCCCAAGCCUUCAGCCACCUAAAAGCUGUGUAAAUGAACUGAGAAAUUGUAUAAUAAAAACUAUGGAUUACUA